CCCCCCUUCCCCCCCCCCAGGACAGAGAGAAGCAUCCACACACUUUCUACUUCCGUGAAUAUGGUAAAGCUGCAGUAAACACUAUAUCCUGCACAAAGGCUGGAACCGUGCUGGAGGCACUCAAGACAAGUCAAAAAUUCACCUCUCUUGUCAGCAAAAAUAAGGGAAAGGAAAUCGUCAUUGUGAGAAAAACACCAGAAAAUGCAGACAUAGCCACACACUUUCCCUGCUGGCUUAUAGGAGCUGAAGAAUUAACAAUAAAAUUCUGUGGGAACAAAUCUGACCCUGAGCCUCCUGAAAAAGCAACAAUCAUAGAAAAGAAAAAACUGGUCACUUUUUAUGUUGAAAGAACAGGGGGGGGAAAUUGCCAAAGCAAGAAAUUCUUGAAAAACACGAGGAAGAUUGGAGUUUCCUAUCUUUGCAUAUAUGCGUGUGUAGGUGAGACUGCAGAAGAAGCCCUGCGAAGAGACGGGCGCUUUACAGAAAUCGUGUUUCAAGGAGGCAGUGAGCUAAAGAAUAUAAAGGGUAGAGACUUGUUGGAGAUUUAUUUACCUGUUACUGAAGAACAAGACGGAAAAAAAUUCAGACUGAACAUGCGAAAAGAAGAAAAUAAAUCCUUACAGUCUACCACAGAAACCGACUCUGGGUCCCAAAUCGCUGAACAAGCAGCAGGACCCGCGCAGAAACAGGGAGAAUCCACUCCCAGUUCAGCCACAUCGGCACCAGCAAACCCAUCUGCACAAGAACGGGGAGAAUCUACUCCCAGUUCAGCCAAAUCGGCACCAGCAAACCCCCCUGCACAAGAACAAGAACAAGAACGGGGAGAAUCUACUUCCAGAUCAGCCAGAGCAAUCCAUGAAAUCCUUGACUCUAAGCAGGUGGCGGACAUCCUGCGCUCCCAGUUUAAAGAUCUAGUGAAGCAUAUUAAGGAGCGAGAGAAUGUGAGGGGGGAUGGGAAAGUACUGGAGCUGCUGAGGCAGGAGUUUGGGAAGGACACAAAGGAAUUCUUGGAUGUGUGCAGAGUGAAGAACUGGAUGAAGAGGAGUGAAUCCGUCUGUCAUAUCAUCAACAUCAGUGAUGACUUAGUGGGCACAGGCUUCCUGCUCUUUGAUCGUUUCAUCCUGACAAAUAAACAUUUGAUCAAGGAUUUAAAUGCCAGGAUUUAUGUCAGCUUCCAUUAUGAAAAUGAGCAUUUACCCCAAAAAACGCGUCUGCCCAUUAAAGAAGUCAUUGACUGGGCUUAUGAGUGGGAUGAAGAGAAAUGCUGGCUAGACUAUGCUUUAUUGGAGCUCAGUGUGAGCACGGCCGAUCUGCCCCCACCACUCCUGACCCAGUAUGGUCCACCCAUACAGUGCGGUGGGUUGUGCAUCAUUGGACAUCCAGAGAGCGGAGUGAAAAGAGUUGAUUUCUGCUCCAUUAUUGAUCUUACACAAGUAACAAUUGGACAUACAGGCUCGGUUAUUGAAAAUGAAAUACUUCGGUGGAUCAACUGGAACCUUAGUAUCGUGGAGGAAAACCAGAUGAUUGCUUAUCACACCUGCUUCUUCCAUGGGGCUUCAGGCUCUCCAGUCUUUGACAAGUAUGGUCAGGUGGUUGCCAUGCACACCGCUGGUUUUAGGGAAUCGAGCACCAGGAGCGCGGUUGAGUACGCUAUUCCUCUGCUGCCCAUACUGGAGCACUUCCUCAGUAAGAUGGCGGGAGUACGGAGGCUUGACAUUCUUCGAAGGUUCAUUGAGGUAGCAAUGACACAAGAUGCUCUGCGCCCCCUCAUUGCUGGCUACAUCCAGCUUGUUGCUGACAGUCCUGAGCCAAUGGAGACAUCAUAGCACCUCCCCCAUUAGUGCCUCCCCCAUUAGCGCCUCCCUCAUUAGCGCCUCCCCCAUUAGCGCUUCCCUCAUUAGCGCCUCCCCCAUUAGCACCUCCCCCAUUAGCGCCUCCCCCAUUAGCACCUCCCCCAUUAGCGCCUCCCCAUUAGCGCUUCCCUCAUUAGUGCCUCCCCCAUUAGUGCCUCCCUCAUUAGUGCCUCCCUCAUUAGGGCCUCCCCCAUUAGCACCUCCCCCAUUAGCACCUCCCCAUUAGUGCCUCCCCCAUUAGCGCCUCCCCCAUUAGCACCUCCCCCAUUAGUGCCUCCCUCAUUAGUGCCUCCCUCAUUAGGGCCUCCCCCAUUAGCACCUCCCCCAUUAGCGCCUCCCUCAUUAGCGCCUCCCCCAGUAGCGCCUCUUCUAUUAAAGGAGACAGUUUUAGGAGAUUGUGAAAACAAAUACAACAAAUACAUAAAUCCUAUCGACUUAGUGAUGCUUAAGUGAAAAAUUAAUUUGUAUGCAGAUGGUUCUUUAUUGUUGUGCCCCCUCACCAGCCCACGUCUUACAACCUGCAACUUGCUUUUAAGUCCAUUCCAGCUGCUCUUAGGCUCCAUUCACAUUACCGCUGAAUCUGGUGUCGCUUCUCAUUUUAGUGCUUAAUACAGUCAAGUUCACACUUAGUACGUAUGGACAGGAACAGGAGUUGACAAUGGUAGCAGACGCGCAGUGACUGACUGUGCAGGGCUCCCUGACUUCCUUUCACCCUCCGAAAUCAGACAGUGUGUGAAACACAGAGAACGCUAAGAGAGUAGUGCUGAGUACUGUUAAAAUCAGACAGUGUGUUAAACACAGAGUACGCUCAGAGAGUAAUUCUGAGUACUGUUAAAAUCACACAGUGUGUUAAACACGGAGAACACUAAGAGCAGUGCUGAGUACUGCUAAAAUCAGACAGUGUGUUAAACACAGAGAACACUAAGAGUAGUGCUGAGUACUGCUAAAAUCAGACAGUGUGUUAAACACAGAGAACACUAAGAGUAGUGCUGAGUACUGUUAAAAUCAGACAGUGUGUUAAACACAGAGCACGCUCAGAGAGUAGUGCUGAGUACUGUUAAAAUCAGACAGUGUGUUAAACACAGAGAACGCUCAGAGAGUAGUGCUGAGUACUGUUAAAAGACCCUGGAGAUCAUGUUUUCACCCAGGUGAUAUUUAAAAUGUUAGAUUUACCUUCAGAGCAAAUGCUAUUACAAAUGUACUCACAGUUCUUUAAAUACCAGGAGCAAGUCCUGUUGCUCAUUCAUAGAUAAGCAUUCUCGCUCUUCUAAAUACAGUAUGUGUGUGUGUGUGUGCAUGUGUGCGUGUGUGUGCGUACAGACACAGAGCAUGAGUGACUCCAGUUAAUAACUUUGGUUUUUGAGUCCCAAAAUGCAAGUAUGAAUGGGGCCUUUAUUCAUGCUUGCAUACAAGUCAGCUACACUUGAUCCUUAAUGCUUUGAAAAUGAAUGUAUGUUGUUUACAGCUUCCUAUAUUCCAGUAGAUCCAAAUGGCCACCUUAGGUAAACCGACUUAACGAGUGUGAUCUUAUUAUUGUUUCUCUCUCUUGGAUGAAAUCAGUUGGGCUUGUGGUUUAUAAAUAAAUAUUGUAUUGUUUUUGAAACCAAGGAA